AUGACUCAAAGAUCUGUCAGUCAAGUGGAAAAGGAAAGUCAGAGUGAAGAUGAACCUUCAGUGAUGCUAGAUGACAGUAGGAUUCUACCAGAGAAGAGCAGGGUUCGAUCGAGCAAGACAGAUGAGCAUUUCAACAAGUUCAUUGAGAUGAUCAAGCAUCUGAAUAUCACUCUGCCACUAUUUGAUGCAAUUCAAGUUCCCACUUAUGCUAAGUACUUCAAGGAUUUGUUAGCCAAGAAGAAGGAAGUGCCAUCUGAUUGUGUGAAGAUGACAACUGAGUGUAGUGCAGCUAUCAUGGACACUCCUUUGGAGAAGAAGGCAGAUCCGGGAUGUCCCAGCAUUCCAUGCUCUAUUAGUGCACUCAACAUUGACAAGGCUCUAUGCGAUCUAGGAGCAAGUGUUAGUGUGAUGUCCAAGUCAAUGUUCGAUAAGCUAAGACUGCCGAAGCCAGAACCAACUUCCAUGUGUCUAGAGCUAGCUGAUCACUCUGUCAGAUAUCCAGAAGGAGUAGCUGAAGAUGUGCCAGUGCAGAUUGUAGAUAAUCUUGUACUAAUUGACUUCGUUAUUCUAGAGAUGGGAGCAAGCUCAAGGUCACCAUUGAUACUCGGAAGACCUUUCCUCAGGACAGCUCAAGCUAACAUUAAUGUUGGAAAGGGAGAAAUAAAGUUCAACAUCAAUGGAGAAUCUACCUCGUUCAAAUUUCGUCCAAGAUUUGAAGUGUGUAGAGCAAUUGAAGAGGAUGAAGCUUGA